CUCUCUGUGUUCUUUCUUCAGUCAUUUUCGCUGCCCUCUUCUCCUCUCCCUUCCUUCUUUUAGUCUUGUAAUGAACAAAAUAUAUAAACAAGAGGAAAAAAGAGCAGAUCUCUGUUUGAAUUUAACAUGAGUUCUGCUGGCAGCCCCCCAAAUCCGUGGCCUCCAUUUGAUGCCUAUAGAGAUUGUGCACAAGGUAUUUGUAGCAUAUAUUGUCCACAAUGGUGCUAUCUCAUUUUCCCUCCUCCCCCUCCUUCUGGCCUCAAUGAUGACUCUAGCAGCACAGAUUUCUCCCCUCUAAUUAUAGCCGUUAUCGGCAUCCUAGCCAGUGCCUUCAUCUUGCUAAGUUACUAUACAAUCAUCUCCAAGUAUUGCAGGCGGCGAGGGCAUGAUAAUUCCAGCACAGAGUUGAAUGAAAAUCGAGACGAAAUGAGCAAUAAUGGUUUGCAGGGUGCUUCGGCUGGGUUGGAUGAAGCCCUGAUGAAGUCCAUCACAGUUUGCAAGUACAGGAAAGGUGAAGGGUUGGUGGAAGGAACAGAUUGCUCUGUUUGUUUGAGUGAGUUUGAGGAAGAUGAGAGCCUGAAGCUUAUGCCCAAAUGCAACCAUGCCUUUCAUGUACCUUGUAUAGAUACAUGGUUGAAGUCUCACUCUAGCUGCCCCCUCUGCCGUGCCAAUAUUGCUUCAUCCGCUGGUUUGCCUAAUCAAGCUCAGGUUCUAAUCCAGGAAACUGUCCCGGGUUUCAAUGCAUCUGCUCUUCAGUAUCGACAUCAAAAUGAUGCCAUUUUGGUGAUCCAAGAUAUCGAAAGUGGUGUUCGAGAAGAGCUUGUUGCUUGCCUUGUUGGUGCUUUUGAAAAUGUCCCCAAGACGCCUGCUCAAGCUGCUAUUGGCACAGAGAAUGCAACUGAAAUUAGACCAUUUAGAAGGUCAGCUUCAUUUAGUUCUUCUCCAUGUCAAGGCCAACUCUCCGUUGCUGACAUAUUACGCAUCAGCGAAGAAGAAGAUGAUGAUGAUAUACCAGUGGAUCAUCCCCAAUCAUCGGCUGGAAUAGGAUCCUCGAAACAGUUUGAUGGGAAAAUGAAGAGAUCCAUUUCAACCGGGAGAUUCAUGUCCUCUAGGUAUGAAAGAUUCAUGUCCUCUAGGUAUGAAAGAGGAGUUUCAUUGUUUUCCAUUGAAAAUAAGCAUAUCCCAAUGUACAAAAUUAAAAAUUAAUGGGUUAUUUCUCUUUUGUUUUUUGUAUAAUCUUCACAUCGAAAGGCCCUCAAAAUUAUAGUCCAUGUGCACAUGAUCCAGCCGUGCAGCUUGCCCUGUGGACAGCAUUUACAGUUUUU